AUGGGCCUGAGUGGCCAUGACGGCAUUCCGUACCUGCGCCAACACCACGAUGGAUUGUACGAGGCCCCGAAUGGAAAGCUCUAUUACGGGAAGGGCAAGGUGUGUGAAGUUGGAUACGAUUCUGAUGGCAGCGGCAGCAUUUACUUUCGCGUCAGGCCGCUAGUAGGCUAUGAACGCGAGGGCGAGUAUGAGUUCCGGGACAUUGUUACGAACCAGCCCAUGCCUGGAAAGUACUAUACGAAGCCUCUGCCUCUGGGCAAGUCAAGCCGGUUCGAACCGCCCCCAUAUGAAUUAGAGAGAGUCCCGAAACUUGGCGAGGAAGCAUUUGGAUGCUACCUAACGCCCGACGGGAUGCUCUAUCGCGGGGUUGGGAGGGUGAUUGCCAUGUACAGAGGGAUCAGUCCCUUGGCGCCAUACGAGCGGACCAUUGCGAUCCACGUGCAGCCUAUAGCAGGAAAGACCGGCGAGGAAUACCGAUUCUACGACCCCCAUUUCCAAACAUAUAUGCACGACAAGAAUCUGCCCAGCGCUCCCUACCCCGAGGACACCGGAAAGAAAGGAAAAAAGACAGGGCAAGUCCCCUCCAUGUCCCGGCAUCCAAGGCUGGGCACGGAGGAUUACGGCGUAUACAUUGCUCCUAAUGGACAGUGGUAUCGCGGCGUGGGCAGGGUGGUGAGAAUUGGUGUCAACCCAAUGGAAACCAUAUAUGCCUACGUCGAGCCGAUACGAGGUAAACGCGGCGGUGGCUAUGAUUUCUUCCACCCAGUCACCUGCGACUGGAUGCCCGAUGAUCAACUUCCCUGGGCUAGGGAGGAUGCUUCUAUGUUGUGA